GUCUGGGUUUGUAUUAGCUAAGAGGAGAUGUCUGACGGUGCGGCAGCAGCUGCCGCGGCCGCUGGAGGCAAGAGAAAGCGGUGUCCAGCGGUCUUAGAUGAGGACAACGACGUCCGCACCUGGCUGCAGAUGGGCAAGGAGCAGAUGGAUAUCAUCCAGGACGCACUCAACCAGACGCUGGCCAAAAUCGAGCAGCGUGAGCAGGCGCUAGGAGGCCGCGUAGGAGAGAUUGUGCCCACGGUAAGGCGAAAUGAAAUGGGCGAGGGAUGUCUGCAAUGGGAGCUGAUCUGUGCGUGUGUGGAUGGUGCAGGUGCAGCUGAUGCGUCAGGAGCUGCACUUCAACGUCUGCGGCGUCUACAUGAAGGCGCGCCGUUCCACCCUCUGUGUGCUGCGAGGUAGCGUGUUGGCCACUCUGUGUGGGGGGCGGUAUGACGAGGCGCUGAUCAAGGACGCCGACGAGAAAUACUUCUUGCCCUUUUAUCCUGUCGCGUUCCAAUGGUCAGCCCGGCCGGCAGUCAGUCAGGACAAGGCCACUGUCCACCGUCUGAGUGUGUUUCCUUCAGGCUCAUCGGCGAGCUAGCUUUGUAUGAGGUUGGGGAUGUGGACGACAUCACGCUGCCUGACACCAAACAGAACGAUGCCGCAUUCAGGUGCGUAUGCACCGACACACAUUCUAUUGGCGCAUUGUGUUAUCCAUCCAUCUGUGUGUAUAAUGCUGGUGCAGCUACUGGGUGGAGUACCUGAUGGCCAAUCCCUCCGCGAAGCGCCGCGCGAUGCACGUCCGGAUCCCGCCCAUCACACAAGACCACCCACAUCAGCAGCAGCAGGACGGCCAGGGUGAGGGUGAGGGUGAGCAGCCGGAGGUCGACACCGAGUUUGUGGCGGCCCAGCUGCCCGACAUCAUCCGCAAGGCCAUGGCGGAGAAGGCCUGCGAGCACCAGAGGCUCACGGCCAUCAAACCACUACUCAAAUCGGGCAACCAGGCCGACGAUGCGGUAGCCAAACACAACAGCACAGAGAGAAGGCUCGUGUGGCCAGCGGGUGGAUCCAUAUGUGUGUGUGUGUGUGUGUGUGUGUUCAGUUGGUGUCGAUUGACGUGUUUGGUACGACAGUGACGAUCACCAUGGCCGUAGCCAAAUCGCUGGGCGACGACUCGACCUUCGCCAAUCGAUUCAUCAAGUACAAAACGGCCACACCACACACAGCCAUCCCCUUGGCCAUCCCUGCAAUGUGUGUGUGUCAGGUAUGACCCCUCUGUGAUGACGGUGCCGGUGGACUACGUGCGGCGUGUCGCCGACAUCGUCACGCGGGCGUACGUCAGGGGCACGGACGUCACGGCCGAGGACGUGCAGAGCUCCAGGGGCGACACCAAUGACAAGGCCUUCCGGAAUGCGUUGAACAUGUAAGCAAGCAAACCGACAGACAGAGAGCCCUGCGCACAGGUAUAUAUCGGUCGAUCGAUGUGUGCCACGUGUGGUCCCCUUGCCUGGCUGCAGGUACGGUUUGGAUAGCGAUCGCUAUUUGGGGCCUAAAGAUGGCCUGCUGACCACCGAGCACCUGCACAAGAUGCGGCAGUGGACGGCACACAUUCGCAACGCUCCCAAUAACAUCCCUUUGUGUGUGGGCGAGCCGGUCGUUCGCAUAUACAAGUGGGAAGGGCAGCCAGACAGCUGUGAGGAUGACGGCAUUUUCUCACCAUGCCCAUGUGUCUUGAUGUGUGUGUCGUGUCAGGGCGACUAAGGAUGGGUGGAAGUGGUUGGAUUUCAUCGAGGCCGUCAAGGGCCACUCCCCCCUGCUGCUCAUCUCCAAGGUGGCCGACAGCAAUGAGCACUUCGCCCUCAUCAUCGAGGGGCCCAUCGAGGUCACGGGGACGGCCGAGAGCAUCCACGACACGAUGUCCUUCGCCUUCAAGCUGCGGGGGACAGACAGCCACCCACAUGUGGGCUACAUCGGCCAGCACGACACCAUGUUAAUCGCGGGCACACAGGUGGGUACACAUUUUUACCAGCAACACAGUCAUGGUAAUGGUCUCUUCUCCGUCCAUGUGUGCAGGAGAGAGUCACGAACCUCGUGGAUUUAUCUUCUCCAUCCGAGGCGAUGGCCGUCCUCGCCCCAUCUCGCUUCACCUUCGGAAUCCGUCCGGCCGCCCAGAUCGGUGCACCAGCAGCGGCCAGCGACGAGACGAUGAGGCGCUGCCAGGGAAUCAUGCUGGAGGACGACCAGCCGGACGGGUGGUGGCAGUGGCAGCGGCCGAGUGUGAGGCCGAGCGACCACGGCUGGGACGAUGACCGAGUGUUCCUGCCUGUGAGUGUGAAGGGAUGGCACUUUGAUAUCAGUGAGUUGGAGGCGUAUCAGCUGGCGUGAGGGAGGGAGGAGGGGGGGACAGUAGACGGGUGUGUGACAGAUGGUAGCGGUAGCCAACACUUCAUCUGACUCGGGGUGUGUCUAUAUGUUGAUUGAACUGACUUGGAACCAUCGAACGAAUCGAAUUCACUCACUGCCACAUGCCGACUAUCACGCUCAUCCAAUAGAUGUCAAC